AACCCGAAGCUCUAGUGGCUUGGAAUGGGCGUUGGCUGCAGUUAGGGGGAACUGAACGAGAACCCGGGAUUUACGCAGCUAAAAAUGCUCUGCCAGGAGCUGACAGUCCCCAGAGUCUCAGCCCAGCGUUCCGCGGGAGGGACCGGAAGAGGAAGUCGGAGCUGCACCCUAGAGGUCCGGGUGCCGCCAGCGCAGUCUGCGCCUAGCUGCCCGCCCGUGGGAUGGGGCUGCUGUAUUCGCUGCACUCUCUGGCUGCUGCCCUGCUCUGGAGCUGCCUGCUCAGACUGACAGCUGCUCAGGAAGCCAUCCUACAUGCGUCUGCAAAUGGCAUAUCUUCACUGUCCAAGGACUACUGCAUGUAUUAUAACAACAACUGGACACAGCUUCCACGUUCCCUAGAAAAUGCAACUUCUUUUAGCUUGAUGAAUCUGACUGGCACACCACUGUGCCACUUUUCUGAUAUUCCUCCUGAUGGCAUAAAGAAUAAGUCAGUGGUGGUACACUGGGGACCCUGCCAUUUUCUUGAAAAAGCCAAAAUUGCACAGAAAGGCGGUGCUGCAGCAUUGCUGAUUGCCAACAACAGUGUCCUAAUUCCUUCCUCAAGAAACAAAUCUGCAUUUCAAAAUGUGACUAUACUAAUUGCAGUUAUAACCCAAAAAGACUUUAAAGAUAUGAAAGAAACUCUUGGAGAUGAUAUUACCGUGAAAAUGUAUUCUCCAUCCUGGCCUAACUUUGAUUAUACUCUGGUGGUUAUUUUUGUAAUUGCUGUGUUCACAGUGGCAUUAGGAGGAUACUGGAGUGGACUUAUUGAAUUGGAAAACAUGAAGUCAGUGGAAGAUGCAGAAGAUAGAGAGACAAGAAAAAAGAAGGAAGAUUACUUAACAUUCAGUCCUCUCACGGUUGUUGUGUUUGUGGUCAUCUGCUGUGUAAUGAUUGUCUUACUAUAUUUCUUCUACAAGUGGCUUGUUUAUGCUAUGAUAGCAAUUUUCUGCAUAGCGUCAUCAAUGAGCCUGUACAACUGUCUUGCUGCAUUGAUUCACAGGAUGCCAUGUGGACAGUGCACGAUUUUGUGUUGUGGCAAAAACAUUAAAGUGAGCCUGAUUUUUCUUUCUGGACUGUGCGUCUCAGUUGCUGUUGUGUGGGCUGUGUUUCGAAACGAGGAUAGGUGGGCUUGGAUUUUACAGGAUAUCUUAGGAAUUGCUUUCUGUCUCAACUUAAUUAAAACAAUGAAGUUACCCAAUUUCAUGUCGUGUGUGAUACUGCUAGGCCUUCUCCUCAUCUAUGACGUGUUCUUUGUCUUCAUAACACCCUUCAUCACAAAGAAUGGUGAGAGCAUCAUGGUGGAACUGGCUGCUGGGCCUUUCGAGAAUGCUGAAAAGUUGCCAGUAGUUAUCAGGGUGCCAAAACUGAUGGGUUACUCAGUCAUGAGUGUAUGCUCUGUGCCUGUUUCAGUAUUGGGUUUCGGAGAUAUCAUUGUACCAGGCCUGUUGAUUGCAUAUUGUAGAAGAUUCGAUGUUCAGACUGGUUCUUCUAUAUACUAUAUUUCAUCCACAGUUGCCUAUGCUGUUGGCAUGAUAAUUACCUUUGUUGUUCUGAUGGUGAUGAAGACGGGACAGCCUGCUCUCCUCUAUUUAGUACCUUGUACACUUAUUACUGUCUCAAUCAUUGCUUGGAGUCGAAAGGAAAUGAAGAAGUUUUGGAAAGGUAGCAGCUAUCAGGUGAUGGACCACCUGGACUAUUCAACAAAUGAAGAAAACCCAGUGAUGACUGAUCAGCAGAUUGUACGACAGUAAUUACGUGGACUUACAAUGAUGUAUUAUUGAUUUUCUACAAAUAGAUUUUGGCCUUUUUUUCUUUUUUUCUUUUUUUCUUUUUUGCUCUUGGAGACAGAGUCAGGAUUGGAAUUCAGUCCUCCUGCCUCUGCCUCCCAAAGGUUUGGGACUAUAGCUGGGCAACACCAUGCCAGCAAGUUUUAAAUCAAAGUUUGGAUUGAAAAUUGGGAACAUAUACAGUGAUGUUUGCAAGUCCAUAUAUUUUUUAUGAGCUGGUAAAAAUCCCAUCAUACAUAGUGAAAGUGCAUUUUCUUUUAAUUAUGUUAAAGUUGUGCCUUCACAAUCAGAUAAAAACGUAGGAUUUGUGUAGUUUCCAAGUGUAUUAUAUACAUUAUAUUUUUCUAAAAAAGAAAAAAAAAGCUACCCUGACCUUCCUUUGUACUUUUCUUACUGAAAUAUUUCUCCAAAUUCUAAGGAUAGAUCAUGUAUAAGUAUCAAAGCAAGUUUCUGAGUAGAUGUUUUUGUUAAAGAUUUAUGCAAUUCUUAACCCCACUGCAGAAAUAAAUACUUAAGACUGCAAGAAAGCAGUUCAUGUA